UCCUCCGCGUCCACUGCUCUCAUCGACGUCCAGGAUCCCCUGCUGCUCCUCCUCCGCCCCCGCCCUUGGCAGAUAUCAGGAAAUCCUACGGCGACAGAUCUACACAGGAUCUACCCGCAAGGUCCACCUCCGGCGCCUCGAAACAGCCGGCUGCACAUGCGACUUUGGCUUUGAUUGCUGUACUAGGUGUUACGCGCGAGCCUUGACGAUUGCGACAGCCCCUUCUCCUGCUCUUGCCCGAGGACUUUCGCGAUGCAGCGAAGCGGGGGACCAGACAGCCACAGCGGCGCAGGCCACGGAGGCAGCGCUGACCGGAAUUUGCCUUCUCCGCAUGCCAACGCAUGGCUCUUCUCGGCCCAGGAUCCUGCCCCCUUAUCUUCUGCCUCUUCGUCAAAGACUGCCACGGACUCUGCUUCCUCCCAUCUCUUGUCAGCAUCUCCCAUGAUCGGUCCCGGACCCUCCUACUACGACCCGGAGAGCGCGAGCGCCCAGCAGCAUGCCCAAGCGCAAAAUUACCAGCAGUGGAUCGACAACUAUGGCCGUCAGCGCGAGGACAUCCACCAUCUUCAGCAGCAACAACAUAGACACCAUCACCAGCAGCGACAGCAGCAGCAGCAACCGUCGCCGCGCGAACUCGCUUACCAACAGCACACAUACGGCGUCCCAGGCUACGGCGUUGACGCACCUCCGGGUGGCACGGGGUCGCUCGCUCAUUACCCAUCCGCGGCCUACGGCCAGCAGCCCCUUCCCUCCCACCAACAACACCCUCGUCAACAGCAAGCCCAGCCCACCGACAUGUUCUCAUACUUCCCCUCCGAUGUGGCGCAGACGUAUCCCGGCCAGUUCUCUCCUCAAGACUACCCUCCGAUGAGCGCCAGCGCCAGCGUCAGCGCGUCUGUCGUCCCCAGCCCUACUCAAUGGGCCGACGCCGACGCGUUCCGCGGACCGCCCGUGGGCCGCUCUGUCUCCGCUAGCCACGCUACGGGCGCAAGCAGUGCUCCCCCGGCCCCCACGCAUGCGAACAAGCGCAAGCGUGCGCGCAAGACGCCUGAGCGCGCUGGGAACUCCGCAGACAGCGACAGCGACAGCGACGACGAUGGCGGAGGGCGCCCCGCGUUCACGGGCGGGAUCAGCGUCGGGAUGGGCGGGCUCGGGGUAAAGGGGCAGAAGCAGAAUUCAAGCCGCCUCCCUGGCGCGUGUACCCACUGCAAGAAGCUCAAGAUGAAGUGCGAGUUCAAGAAGAAUGAGAACACGUGCAAGCGUUGCCAGUCAGGCGGACACGUCUGCAUCGUCGAAGGCCGCAAGCCACGGACUGCCCCGAACAAACGCGAGUACCUGCUUGCGCAAAUUCGACAGAAGGAUGCGAUUAUCGAGUCGCUGCUGAAGCAGCUUCACAACCCUUACAUCGCCACGCCGCUAUCGAUUGCUUCCUACCGCAUGGCAACAUCGCCUUCAGACAGCAACAACAAGAACAUACUCGCUUGGCUCGACCGCCUCCAGGCGAGUGUGCAAUCGAGUGGGACGACCAUCAAGGAGGUCAGCGAGGCUAACAAGGGUCGGGAGAUGAGUGUGCAGAGUGCAGGCGAGAAAGCUCCUGGGGCCUUCACUCUCGACGUCCGCGCCAUUGUGCGCGAUGAAGGAGACGAGUCGGAUGAGGACUACAGUGGAGAGAAGGGCACGGAGAGUGACGAUGACGACGAGGAUGGCUCGUCGGACAAGUUGCGGAACCUACCGGAUAUGCAUGUACCGCUCGGCCUCAUUGCGAACCUGAGCUUGAGCAACAAGCCAAAGAGUGGCAAGGCCGGGAAGAAGAAUGCGACGGAGGAGACGACUACUUUGGAUGAAGACGACCUCGACGAUGACAAUGUGGGCGUGGCGAAUGAGACGUACUUCAUGCCAGGGCCUGCGACUGAUUUGGGCAAGCGCGCGAUGCUCAUUGAGCAGCAUAGCCCUCCGGAGAUUCUUGUUCACGGUCUCGUUGCCCCAGAGGAUGUGGACAAGCUGUUUGACAUCUUCUACAACAAACUUAACCCGUUCAUAUCCCUGCUGGACCCCGUUCUCCACACGCCCGCCUUGACGUUCGCGCGCUGCCCUUUCUUGUUCACCGUCAUCUGCGCCAUCUCUUCCCGCUACUACACCGAGAAGUCCGAGAUCUACCCCAUCGCCAUGCAUUUCGCCAAGCACUCCGCCGCGACCGCGCUCAUCGACGGCUGGAAGUCCGUCGAGCUCUGCCAGGCGUACAUCUUGAUGAGCAUCUACGCUGUUCCUGCACGUCGGUGGGAGGAGGACCGCUCGUGGCUGUAUACCGGCCUGGCCAUUCGCAUCGCGACGGACUUGAACUUGCACCAGGUGUCGACGGCGAAGCCGUCGAGCGAGCGGCAUGAACGGGAGAUUCUGAACCGGACGCGGGUGUGGUUGAUCUGCUUCAACUUGGAUCGGUCGACGGCGACACAGUUUGGUAAGCCGUCGACGAUCAAGGAGGACUACAUCGUGCAGCACGCGAAGGACUGGUACAAGAAGUCGAAGUACAACUUGAACCACGAUGUUCAUCUUUGCGCCUACAAUGCCUUGCUUCGCAUCAUCGCCAAGUUUCACGAGGAGGUCUUCUCGGACACGUCGUCGCCCACGGGUCUGAACAAGCGUCUCGACUUCUGCACGGUUACCCUCAAGCACGACGAGCAUCUCACCAAGUAUCACGAGGAGUGGGCGAAGAUCUUCCGCGAGGAGUCUGACCAUUCAGACCCGAGUUCUGAAUUCCGAUGCUUGCUGUUGCCUUUCCUCGUCAACUACUCUCGCUUGGUCAUGUUUUCAUUUGGAUUUCAGCAAGCGUACCACCGGGGCAUCAAGCCUGGUGAUCAUAGCGAUCAAGUUUUUUUUACCAAGUGUCUCGACUCAGCCAAGGCGGUCAUUCAGAACAUGGUGGACAAACUGGCUCCCAGCGGUUACAUGCGAUAUGCUCCAGAUGGCCACUUCAUCUUCGCCUCGUUUGCGUCUGCCUUCUUGCUCAAGCUCUUGCGACCCGAGUUCUCCUCCCUGCUCGCCAAGGAGCAGGAGAACGACAUCUUCGACUUGAUCGGCCGCCUCAUCCAGACCCUCAGCUCGCCCGAGAUCGCCAUCGACGAUCGCCAUACGCCCAAGCUUUACGCACGUUUCCUCGCCGGCCUUCUCUCCCGCCACCGCCGCGACGGCGCGACCAUCGGGCGCCUCCACACGCAGCCCCCGCCUCAGCAGCGCGGCUCCUCCGGUCCUGGAGGCUCCUCUGGUCCAGGCGACAUGCCCGGCUCCGGCUCGUCCAGCGGCUUCACGCCGACAGACUCGACCGGCGGCCAGGGCUCGACCGCAGCAAGCUUGUUCUCGCAGUUUACGACGCUCGCCGGCGCAGACAAGACGGUCGGCACCCCCGUCUAUCGCCCCGAGGCUGCGUACGGUUUAGGCAACGCGCCGAUCCAGUUCAGCAGCGACUUCGAGAUGCUUGGGUUGAGCGCAGGCGUGCCGGAUGAAGAUAUGCUGGCGACGAUGCAGGCACUGAAGAACCCUGCAUGGUGGGAAGGAAUGUUAAUGCCUGGGUUCUCGUGGCCGGAAUCGAGCUCACCUGCUCCGUCGUCGUCCAAUGGGCACCCGUCGCCGGGCCACUAUAUGCAGCAGCCCGCGUCGCCGACGUCGAGCUACCUGAACAAUGUUCCCGGGCUUCACGGAGGGUUUAACAUGUUCCAUGCCGCACAGGUCCCUCUGCAUUAAUGAUCAUUGGGAUGUCUUCGCGCGGGGUUGAGAGUAUCGGUACACCAGAUCGUCCUCUGGCUUCGUAACCGCUGUGAUCGCAUUACUUUACUCUACUGUACAUGUGUACUAUUUCCCUCGCAUUAUCGAUCUUGUCAUGCCCGUUGUAUUUGUUUGUAUGUAAACGAGUAAUGUUCAUAGGCAGUUGAUUUGUUCACUC